UGAWGCACGCCAUUCUGUUUAUGAUUUCUGUUAAUGAUUGACGCUGCUGUUUAAAGCUAUUUUAUUGUCUGCUUUAUUUGUAUUAUAACAUAGUUGGGGAGGACAGGGGAGAAAGGGUGGACAGCUGCCUGUCUAGUAUUUGUCGCCUGUAGCUAGUUAUAGGUCUUCUUGAGGAAGCGCCGACAGACGGACAGCUGCGCGACUUCGCAUUUUCUAAUAAACAGCAGCACGAGCGAUGGCUUCGGCGUUGCAUUUCUUACUGUAUUUUUCAUAAGGUGGCGAAGUCGACAUUGUGAAGGUUUUAUUCUGUGCUAGUUUCGUGGUUGCCGGCAUGACAUAGCAGCUACGAGCAAGAGCCGCUUCGAUUAUGGGAACAUUCAGAUUUGAGGAACCCUGAUCCAAUUGGCUCCGGCACCACCCUACCAGGUGACCCUACAGCGGGGGAGACGGGUAAGGAGACCCAGCCACAGCCUCCCCUGUCCAACAUUGCAUUGCACUGUGCCCACCUCCACCAUGUCCACCCCCAGCGGCAGCCCCGAGAGAGAGUGCUCCACAGGGGGACCCAACCAGCUGGAGUGUCCCCCUUCCUCUCCCCCUGGCAUGGACCAUUCCAUGGGAAGCCCCCUCCUCAGCCCGGACUCAUCUUGCCAAGAUGCCAUGCUCUCGGCCCCCGCCGCCUCCCCCGCCGACUCGGAGAGCCUGAGCCCUGACGAACUAGAGCUGCUGGCCAAGCUGGAGGAGCAGAACAGACUUCUGGAGGCGGACUCAAAGUCGAUGCGCUCGAUGAGCGGCUCGCGGCGGAACAGCGGCUCGUCCCUUGUGUCAAGCUCCUCUGCCUCGUCCAACCUGUCCCACCUGGAGGAGGACACCUGGAUCCUGUGGGGACGCAUCGUCAACGAGUGGGAUGAAUGGAGACGCAAGAAGGACAAGCUGCUCAAGGAGCUGAUCCGCAAGGGCAUCCCACACCACUUCCGGGCCAUCGUGUGGCAGCUGCUUGGUAACGCCACAGACAUGCCAGUGAAGAACCAGUAUUCUGAGCUGCUCAAGAUGUCCUCGCCCUGCGAAAAGCUCAUCCGCCGGGACAUCGCCCGCACCUACCCCGAGCAUGAGUUCUUCAAGGGCCAGGACAGCCUGGGUCAGGAGGUGCUCUUCAACGUCAUGAAGGCGUAUUCUCUGGUGGACCGGGAGGUGGGCUACUGCCAGGGCAGUGCCUUCAUCGUGGGCCUGCUGCUCAUGCAGAUGCCAGAGGAGGAGGCGUUCUGUGUGUUUGUGCGUCUGAUGCAGGAGUACCGUCUGAGGGAGCUUUUCAAACCAACCAUGGCUGAACUAGGCCUCUGUAUCUACCAGUUUGAAUACCUGCUGCAGGAGCAGCUCCCGGAGCUGAACGUCCACUUCCGUUCUCAGAGUUUCCACACCUCCAUGUACGCCUCCUCCUGGUUCCUCACUCUCUUCCUCACCUUCCUCCCCAUGCCCGUUGCCACACGCAUCUUUGAUAUCUUCAUGUACGAGGGUCUGGAGAUUAUAUUUCGUGUGGGCAUGGCCAUUCUGCAGUACAACCAGACUGACCUCAUCCAGCUGGACAUGGAGGGCAUGUCUCAGCACUUCCAGAAGGUGAUCCCCCACCAGUUUGACAGCUGCCCAGACAAGCUGAUCCUGAGGGCCUACCAGGUCAAAUACAACCCCAAGAGGAUGAAGAAGUUGGAGAAGGAGUACACCACAAUCAAGAACAAAGAGAUGGAGGAGCAGAUAGAGAUCAAGAGGUUACGCACAGAGAACAGGCUUCUGAAGCAGAGGAUUGAGACAUUGGAGAAGGAAAGUGCUGCUCUAGCAGACAGGCUGAUACAGGGUCAGGUGAGGCGGGCGCAGGAGGCGGAGGAGAACUAUGUGAUCAACCGGGAGCUGGCGGUGGUGAGGCAGCAAUGUCAGUUUGGGAUUGGUCCCAGUGUGUUGCCUCAGUUUAUAAUUCGUCAAUGUGUUGUGUCUCAGUACACAGAGCAGUUUGUGACCGGUCUGCAGACGCAGCUGGAGCAGUCCCGGCUGCAGGAGGCAGAGKUACUGGGAGCCCUCAAAGAGAUGCAGGACAAAGUACUGGACCUAGAGAAGAGGAGCAGCUCUCUGCCUGAUGAGAACAACGUGGCCCAGCUGCAGGAUGAGCUGAAGCUGGUGAAGCUCCGAGAGCUGGAGACACUGCACUCCUUCAGAGAGAUGCAGGACACGGUGACCGAGCUCAACCAGCGCUGGCAGCUCCACAUGUCAAAAGGCGGCGGGGGUGGAGGUCACUGGAAGGAAUCCCCCAAGAAGAACGCCCUGAACGAGCUGCAGGACAAGCUGAUGGGGGUGCGUCUGAGAGAGGCCCAGGCCCAGGCUGAACUCAGGGAGGUCAAACUCCAAGCCAUACAGCUGGAGAGCCAGAACCAGAUUCACAGCAAGCUGAUUGGGCGCCAUGAGGUGGAGAGCGCCGCCAUGCAGGAGAGGCUGCAGCAGCUGGCGGGCCAGAACAAGGGGCUGCAGGCCCAGCUCACAGAGAUGAAGAGGAAACAGGCCGAGCUCGACUGCAAGAGUAAAGAGGAGGUGAUGGCGGUGCGCUUGCGGGAGGCUGACACCAUGGCCGCCAUGGCUGAGCUCAGACAGAAGAUGGCUGAGCUGGAGAUACAGAAGGAGGAGGGUCUGAUCCAGGGCCAGCUGAACCACUCUGACUCCAGGCAGUAUAUCACCCAGCUUCGAGACCAGAUCGGAGAGCUCAAGAACGAGAUCAGGCAGCUCCGCGGGCAGCGCUCCAAGUUCGCCCCUAGUUCCCGGGACGGGGGCGGGGGCUACCCGGAUCUGUGUCUAGCUAGCCCCUCGUCGGCCGGAGGCGACUACCUGAGCUCGGAUGAGGACCUUCUCCCCAGCCCCAUCCCCCCCAACGCCAUGUACCCCGCCCUGCCCCACCCCUCGGCCAGGCUGGACAGCGAGGGCAGCACCGACAGCGAAGCAGAGGUCCACCCGGACCACCCCCACCACGGCCCCUCGCAGCAGCUCUACACUAGCAUGGUGUGUGCUGAGGUCCUGGACAACUGAGCCAUGGAGGUCCCUGGAACUCCCUGGUCCUGACCUAGACUACUAAAGAUACUGUACUCUGCAUCUCUUCAGUAUUAGAGAUGCUGUACUCACCCCAACUUUACUGUACUACUGUUCUCACCCUAAACUCCUACUCUAACCUGUAACGGACAUCCUCCCCUCCUCCUUCGUGUUGGUGCCAUGGUCUCUCCUCUUUUUGUCAUUCUCUUCUCCAUCUCCCCCUUUUACUUCUCUCUUUACUCCUAUCUCUCUUCACUUAUCCCUCUCUUUAUCUCCCUCUCUCUCCCUCAAUCUCUUUCUCCUCUCCGCACAGAAAGCCGAGAAAAUCAAAAGGAUUAAAAAUUGACAACAACAAAAAACCUUUCAACUUUCAAUACUCCAACCAUACCACACAGCAGUGACUAUGAGAUGCACAGGACAUCGCUUUGAUGAAAUGAUUCCCCUCAAGUUUGGAAGGACUUCAAUAUGGACUUGGGAUCGGUAAAAGAUGAGAUGGAUGGAUGACUUGUUGGGCUUGACCCUGCUCGUACUGUACUGUCCCAUGAGCGAGAUGUGGAACAUGCUGUCUCCCUCCAUCUCUUUCUCUUUCCUCCUCCUUUUCUCUCUCUCUCCAUCUCUCUCUUUCUGUCAUUCCAUCAUUCCAAGAAGACCCAUUGGCCACCUGCACUGCCUGUUUACAAUGGAAACAACCCUCCACUGUAACCUCACAAUGCACACUUUWAAAAAAUGAGAGCGAGAGGGAAGGAAGGAAGGAUAGAGGUAGGAAAAGAGGAGUAUGGUAUGGACUUGUACACAUCAAUAUCAUAGGGAUGUUACUAGAUGACAUCACAUGCAUAGAUCAAUAUUAACAAUGUACCUUACUGAAAUAUGUAUGUUGUGUGUGUCUCAAUGCCUUGCAAAUGAAACAAGGCAAGUGAAUUACGCUCAUGUCAACCACAAAAAAAUCUCCACGUUGCCAAAUCUUUUUCUUUUUUUUCUGCUAUUAUUUAUGUUGUUAUUUAUUUUAAUAUUUUUUUUUAUAUAUCUAUACAAAUAUAAAGAUAGAUACCAACGGCGGCCAAACUUUAUACACGUUGAGUUCCCUUGGUCCUUUGUGCCAACUUGAAUCCCGAGGCUGAGGUGUCAACGGACGGCGUCCAUGACGAUGCGUGCCAGAGAGACAGAACGAAUACGCUGCUAUGAUUAUCAUUUUUUCUCCCAGUCUUCUUUUAUGUUCUGUUCUAUCUGCUCGACAUGCAGUUGAACUUUGCACCCCUUAGGAAUCAGAUGCGAGUGCGAAAACUACUGUGAAGAAAUUGUCGAACGGUUAUGGCUAUGCUUCAUAAUGAUGUCUCUACCUAUGACUUGUGAAAUACCCACACGCAUAAACAACUCCUUUUAUAACCUA